AUGCUAGCCGAGGCGGAUGGCACGGUCCCCCAUGGCAGCGAAAGCUCUAUGAGGACAAGCGAUAGCGAGCCUCCUCCGCCCAAAGCCGCCGCCGACUCCUCGAUCCUCAUCUCCAAGAUGCAAGACGUCGUCAUUCCCUUCUCGUCCGACGUGCCCUGUGACAAUAAUGGGCAGCGCAUGUGGUGGGCAUUCCUCGCCUCCUCCAUGGUGACCUUCUUCGGGGGGCUCUUCAUCAUCUUGCUGUGGAGGACCCUCAAGUACCUGUGGACCGUGUGCUGCCACUGCAACGUUAAAAGCAAGGAAGCUCAGAAAGUCAACAACCCUGCCAACAACCAGGCACCAGACAGGGCACUAAAGGGUCCUGAUGAGAAGACAGAGGAGGUCCCGGCCAGUGAGGUGGGAUGGAUGACUUCGGUCAAAGACUGGGCUGGCGUCAUGAUCUCUGCCCAGACCCUGACUGGCAGAGUUCUGGUGGUCUUAGUAUUUGCACUCAGCAUUGGGGCCCUUGGAAUAUACUUUAUAGACUCCUCAGACCCUAUAGAAUCCUGCCAGAAUUUCUACCAAGACUUCACGUUACAGAUCGAUAUGGCCUUCAAUGUGUUCUUCCUCCUUUAUUUCGGUCUGCGGUUUAUAGCGGCCAACGACAAGCUGUGGUUCUGGCUUGAGGUCAACUCUGUGGUCGACUUCUUCACUGUUCCUCCUGUCUUUGUCUCAGUCUACCUGAACAGAAGCUGGCUUGGCUUAAGAUUCCUGAGAGCACUGAGAUUGAUACAGUUCUCAGAAAUCUUACAGUUUUUGAAUAUCUUAAAAACAAGCAAUUCCAUUAAGCUGGUGAACCUGUGUUCCAUCUUCAUAAGCACAUGGCUCACUGCUGCGGGAUUCAUACAUUUGGUGGAAAACUCAGGGGAUCCUUGGGAAAACUUCCAAAACUCACAGACGCUCUCCUAUUGGGAAUGCGUCUACUUACUGAUGGUGACCAUGUCCACAGUGGGCUAUGGGGAUGUCUAUGCAAAAACCACCUUGGGGCGCCUGUUCAUGGUCUUCUUCAUCCUUGGUGGUUUGGCCAUGUUUGCCAGCUACGUCCCUGAAAUCAUAGAGUUAAUAGGAAACCGCAAGAAAUAUGGUGGUUCCUAUAGUGCGGUUAAUGGGAGAAAGCAUAUUGUCGUCUGUGGUCACAUUACCCUCGAAAGUGUCUCCAACUUCCUCAAAGACUUCCUACACAAGGACAGGGAUGAUGUCAAUGUAGAAAUUGUUUUUCUCCAUAAUAUUUCCCCUAAUCUUGAGCUGGAAGCCUUGUUCAAACGCCAUUUUACACAAGUAGAGUUCUACCAGGGAUCUGUGCUCAACCCGCAUGACCUGGCUCGAGUCAAGAUCGAGUCAGCAGAUGCCUGUCUCAUCUUGGCCAAUAAAUACUGUGCAGAUCCUGAUGCUGAAGAUGCCUCCAACAUCAUGAGGGUUAUCUCUAUCAAGAAUUACCAUCCUAAAAUCAGAAUAAUUACACAGAUGCUUCAGUAUCAUAAUAAGGCCCAUCUGCUGAACAUUCCGAGCUGGAACUGGAAAGAGGGCGAUGAUGCCAUCUGCCUUGCCGAGCUGAAAGCGGGCUUCAUCGCCCAGAGCUGCCUGGCCCAAGGCCUGUCCACCAUGCUGGCCAACCUCUUCUCCAUGAGGUCCUUCAUCGAGAUCGAGGAGGACACCUGGCAGAAAUAUUAUCUCGAGGGAGUGGCUAAUGAGAUGUACACUGAAUAUUUGUCCAGUGCCUUUGUGGGCCUCUCCUUUCCCACUGUGUGCGAGCUCUGUUACGUGAAGCUGAAACUGUUGCUUAUUGCCAUCGAGUACAAGUCCGAGCAGAGAGAAAGCAGAAGCCGAAAGCGCAUCCUCAUCAACCCGGGCAACCAUGUCAAGAUGCAGGAAGGAACGCUGGGAUUUUUUAUCGCCAGCGAUGCAAAGGAAGUGAAGAGAGCUUUUUUCUACUGCAAAGCUUGUCAUGAUGACAUCUCUGACCCCAAGCGGAUCAAGAAGUGUGGCUGCAAACGACUGAUUUAUUCCAAGAUGUCCGUCUACAAGCGAAUGAAACUGGCAUGUUGUUUUGAUUGCGGCCGUUCAGAGCGAGACUGCUCUUGCAUGUCAGGCAGUGUACAUAGUAACAUGGACACCCUUCAGAGGGCCUACCCACUUUCCUCUGUCUCUGUUCAUGAUUGCGCAACCACGUUACGUGCCUCCAAAUAUAAGUAUAAUGGAUAUGUCAGAUCACCAGCAGAUGGCGCUACAACACCAGGGAACAGUGGAAGCCAAAAAGAGACUGGCGUACGAUUCAAAGCUGAUUGCAAUUUAGUCGAAGACGAGCAUCCGUCAACGCUCUCACCCAAAAAAAAGCAGCGGAAUGGAGGGAUGCGGAACUCGCCCAACUGCUCUCCCAAAAUGAUGAGUAGACACGACCCUCUUCUAAUACCUGGUAAUGAACAAAUUGAAAACAUGGACAUGAAUGUGAAGAGGUAUGACUCCACCGGAAUGUUUCACUGGUGCCCCUCAAAAGACAUCGAAAAAGUCAUUCUGACCCGGAGUGAAGCCUCCAUGACCGUGCUCAGCGGCCAUGUGGUGGUCUGUAUAUUUGGGGAUGUCACGUCCGCUUUAGUGGGGCUGCGAAACUUGGUGAUGCCUUUAAGAGCCAGCAACUUCCAUUUUCAUGAACUCAAGCCCAUCGUUUUUGUGGGCUCGCUAGACUAUUUGCGACGAGAGUGGGAGACGCUACACAACUUCCCCAAGGUCUCCAUUUUACCUGGUACGCCAUUAAGUCGUGCAGAUUUAAGGGCUGUCAACAUCAACCUCUGCGACAUGUGCGUAAUACUGUCAGCCAAUCAGAACAAUAUCGAAGAUGCCUCCCUGCAGGAUAAAGAAUGCAUUUUGGCUUCGCUCAACAUCAAAUCUAUGCAGUUUGAUGACAGCAUUGGGGUGUUGCAGGCUAAUUCCCAAGGUUUCACGCCUCCUGGAAUGGACAGGUCAUCUCCAGACAGCAGUCCAGUACAUGGCUUUGUGCGUCAGGCUUCCGUCACCACCGGAUCUAACAUCCCCAUUAUCACAGAAUUAGAUAAGCCGGGCAAACCGCUGCCAUCGCUUUCACUCAGUCAGGAAAAAAAAAGUGGGACCAACAUACAAAUGAUAACAGAGCUGGUCAACGACUCUAACGUUCAGUUCUUGGACCAAGAUGACGACGAUGACCCCGACACUGAGCUGUACCUCACGCAGCCCUUUGCCUGUGGAACUGCCUUCGCCGUCAGCGUUCUCGACUCCCUGAUGAGUGCCACGUAUUUCAACGACAACAUCCUUACACUAAUCAGGACGCUGGUCACCGGAGGAGCCACUCCUGAGCUCGAAGCCCUGCUGGCCGAGGAGAACGCUCUGCGAGGAGGCUAUAGCACGCCGCAGACACUGGCCAAUAGAGACAGGUGUCGUGUCGCCCAACUCGCCCUCUACGAUGGGCCCUUCGCUGACUUGGGGGAUGGCGGCUGCUACGGAGAUUUGUUCUGCAAAGCACUGAAGACGUACAACAUGUUAUGUUUUGGAAUCUACAGAUUGAGAGACGCUCAUCUAAGUGCACCAAGCCAGUGUACAAAACGAUACGUGAUCACCAACCCGCCGUAUGAGUUUGAGCUGGUGCCUACCGACUUGAUCUUCUGCCUCAUGCAGUUUGACCACAAUGCGGGCCAGUCUCGUACCAGCUUGUCCCACUCGUCCCACUCCUCUCAUUCCUCCAGCAAGAAGAGCUCGUCCGUCCACUCCGUCCCGGCCUCCAACCGGCAGAACCGCAGCAGUAAAACCCGGGAAGCCCGAGACAAACAGAAUGCAACAAGGAUGAAUAGAAUGGGCCCAGAAAAGAAAUGGUUUACAGAUGAACCGGACAACGCCUACCCACGAAACAUUCAGAUCAAGCCCAUGAGCACUCACAUGGCCAACCAAGUCAACCAGUACAAAUCCACAAGUAGUCUAAUUCCACCCAUCCGAGAAGUCGAAGACGAAUGCUGA